GCAAACCGAGUGGGGUGAAAAUGAACAAAAUAGCGUGUAUCCUGCUCUAAAUUGUAUAUCUUGCUAGCUCGCACUCAUAGCUUAAUUUUUUGUGACGUCACACUCUCCGGUUUCGGUUUAUUUCGUUAUCAUGCUUUUCGCUUUCACUCCUAUUCCGUUCUUGCUUGCACUCGCAUGCGAAGUAGGCAGUGCAAAUUUGGUUCUGCAACCGUUAAAAUGUAUGUGUGUGGAAUCGCACACAUACAUCACACUUGCUUGCACUUCUAACACGUGAAACAGCUAGACAGUUUUUCUAACCAAGAAAAAAAGAAGAAGGGGGAAAACGCAUAGGUAUUAUUUGUUUACAUUUGUUUAAUAGACUUUGUGGUUUUGGCAGCAGUAUUUUCAUCUUUCGAUUCCGGUGUGUUCAGUGUUAAAAAGGUUUAAAAACAGCGAUCAGUGAAAGUGUUCUCAUAGCGUAAAAGUAUGGCCGAUUUAAAACGUGCUCGAAAAUCUGGAAUCUUUUAUCGUAGAGCUGCAAAAUAUAUGAAGAUUGAUCCCUCAGAGAAGGAUGAACAAGAAGCAGGACCAAGCCAAACAAAUCCUGAAGAACUAUCCUCAAACAGUGUUGAAGAUGAAGCCUGUGUUCCAGGCCCAAAUUUAAACCAGGACGAAGAAGAUAUCGAAGAAUUGAUUGACUACACAUAUGCUGACGACAGUUCUUCCGAAGAUGGUGAUCCUGAUACCAACGAUAGUGAUGCGGUAUUUCCAAAUAUCGAGAACAUGCCAUUGAUCGAUGGAAUUCGUUACUGGGCACUUUCUACCAACGCGCCACAUAGUUCCGUAAAUAUUAUAUUAAAACUUUUCAAAAAGGCCAACGUAAAGGUUCCUUUAAAUGCAAAAACGUUGUUAAGGACCAAACGAAAUCCUUCAUCGGAGAUCACGGAGAUUGGUGGUGGGCAGAUGUGGUAUCGUGGAAUAGGAAAAUGUUUGCUGAAUUACUUCCGCUUCAAUAAGAUUUCUACUAAUGAACUAUCAUUGACGAUGUCGUUCGACGGACUGCCACUGCACAAUAGCAGCAAGAUGGAGUUUUGGCCUAUACUUUUUACUAUAUACGAAUUACCUCAAGCCCCAGUAAUGACAGUAGCAAUAUAUUGCGGUGCAGGCAAGCCCACCAGUGUUGAGGAUUACCUCCGGCCAAUGGUGGAGGAACUGAAUAACCUCAUGACACACGGCAUUUCAAUCAACGGAGAACAUGUAAUUGUUAAGCUACGUGUAAUUGUUGCAGAUACUCCAGCCAGAUGUUUUAUUAAAGGUGUUAAAGGCCAUACUGGUUAUUCGUCGUGCUUAAAAUGUACCGUGACAGGCACAUACCACGACGAAGGACAUACAAUGACGUUCCCAGGCCUAAAUGCACCAAAAAGAACGGACAAAGGCUUUAGAGACAACGCAUAUCCAGAGCAUGUUAUAAAAUCAACGCCACUUUUAGAUGUGGCAGGAUUCGACAUUAUCAAGGACGUAGUUAUUGCGGACCGUUUACAUCUCAUCGAUCUUGGCGUCAUGAAAAGGUUGCUUAUUGGUUGGCGCGAUGGAAAACUUUGCAAAAAACGGUGGUUGGAUCGUCAAAUAGCAAACGUUUCAGAGCUGCUGGAAAAGAUUUCAUUACCAAUCGAAAUCCACCGCAAACUUCGCUCAAUGAAAUUUUUACGAUACUGGAAGGGAUCAGAGUGCGCAUCAUUCCUUCAUUACGCAUCAAUAGUGGUUUUGAAGCAGCAUCUUCCUGAAUCUAUGUAUAACCAUUUCAUGUUGCUAUUUUGUGCAGUAACUUUGUUCUCAUCCGCUGUAUACGAAGAUAAGUGGCAAUUCGCCGGACAGUUGCUCGACCGUUUUGUUCAAGACUUUGAGAAAGUUUACGGUGAAAGGUACGUGAACAGUAACGUGCAUAAUUUGCAACAUGUCUAUGAAGAAGUGCAACGAUUUGGACCAUUAUCAUCAAUAUCUACAUACCCAUUCGAAAAUCAAUUACAACACUUGAAAAAAUCAUUACGAAGUGGGUGGAAGAAUUUAGAGCAGGCAGUUAAUCGCCUUUCUGAAUUUGAGGAAUUUAAUCUGUCUAAAGCUCCGGUCCAAAAGUAUCCUUCAGUUUCAGAGAAAGGCAAAAUAACAACUGUUUAUGUGCGCCCUAGCUUUUUGCUUCGUAACAAUCCCAGAAACUGUUGGUUCUUAACUAAAGACGAAAUUAUUAUGAAUUUUAACGGAGCCAGCCAAAAUAAUGACGGCAACAUAAACAUCAAAGGCCAUAGACUAAAUGUUAAAGGGUUGGUUUUCAACGACCCGAUGGAAUCGAGCGAACUAUCAAUCUAUAAAGGUUUCAAAAAAGAUUUAUCAGAUACUCCGUUAGAAAUUUUCAUCCAAGAAAUAAAAUGUAAAUUAGUUGCGGUACAAUUAAAUCGAAACCAUGAGAUAAUAUUUGUGCCAUUAGUUCAUACAUUAGUAAAAUAAAAUAUAAAACUUCGAAUAGUU